UGCUACUACUGCAGGGCGCACGGACACGCAUCCGAUAGGGUCAUCCAGAUAUGGCGGUCCUCCUACCACGACGUCGUCCGCGUCUCCGAGUUGGAGGACGUCCUCGACAUCACCGGUGUCCAGACCUACGUCUUCAACCCCGCCACGGUGCUCUUCCUCAAGGAGCGCCCCCAGCCGCGCGGCGCCAGCGCCGCCGCCGGCAAGGCAGCCGCCUCCCCCUACAACUGCAACAUCUGCGGCCGCGCGCUGCUCGACCCCUUCCGCUUCUGCUCCGGAGGAUGCAAGGUGCGUGCUUUCCUCUUCCGCCUCGCUCUUCAUGAGUCUUCACUUCGGUUCUUCUGA